UGUUUUAAUAGAAAGAAGACCGAUGCGAUUUUCUAGGACUACUUGAAUCUGUUAAACGGCACUUACCCCUUUCUGAAAUACUAUUCAGUACACAAUUAGCCAGAUAGUGUAGAGGUUGGAUGAUGGGACCUCUAAUGCUAUUAAUGCUUUACUUGCUGUAUCUUGAGCCGACGGAUGCAAUGCGAUUUCCUCACAUCAGAAUCAGGGCAAAGCAAGGGGACGUAACCGUUAACGUAUCAACAGCUACAGUGCUAAGAAAAGGUUCUAAACAGAGUUUUCCGCAAUAUUUUGACGUCAGAUUUACCUCAAAUGACAUAUAUUCAGAUUUAAAACUGAGUAUAAAUGACAUCAGCGAUGAUGUACCAGUGGUUUUACAGAGAGGCGGGAAAAUGGUGCCUUACCGGGUCUCCUCGGAGGCCGCCGCAUUCUAUAUGGACGUUUCAAACAAAGCAGCAUUCAUCGUCUGGCGGGCCGGCGAUACUGACUCGGACACGUUUCUGUUUUUCGGAACCUACCAGCAUGGAAAUCAAGAGUUACUCGUGCAGCCACCUGCAUCUUCCGGCACCGGCCAUACCGUUACGGAAAUUGAAGAAACCAGUCCGACUGGAACAGACUUCCUGAUAAACCCUGAAUUCGAUGCAAGCAGAGUCGAACAGUUGGAAUCAUCAAAUGCCAAGGAUUCCAACCGAACAAAGAGGCAGACAACUGAUUAUGAAGUUGAAAUCUUCUUCGUUAUCGACUACAGUCUUUAUUCAUUCUGGUAUAUGCAAAUGACGGGCACCGAUAUAGAAAAGCAAUCAUCGGCGAUUUCUACAAUAAAACAAUUCUACGCUUUUGUUUUAAAUGCGAUGAGCAUUCGCUACAACUCAGUGACGGGUUCAGGGUAUAGCAUUACCCUUAUUUACGCGGGCAUAUCUAUCGCCACAAGAUCUACGGACGCUCCGUACAUCGAGGACAAUCUAGAAGAAAACUAUGUCGAUGGUCGCCGAGUGUUCUUAACGAACUCUGUAUUGCCUGCCUUCAAGGACUGGGGAAACAAAAACCUAAAACCGAUUUACAACUUCGACGUAGCAAUGAUGUUUACAAAUUAUCAAAUGCAAAGGUUUUUCAACAACACGUUUGAAUCGCUUAGAGGUAUUGCCUAUCGUCCCGGAGCUUGUACUGACUGGAAAUACAGCAUCACCGAGUACUAUUUUGGGGCGCGUCUGGUUUCGACUGCAUCGCACGAGCUUGGGCAUAAUUUGUUUGCCCAGCAUGAUGGUACAGUCGACGGUACUGGUGAGAACUGUUCCAGUGCCGAUAUGUAUGUGAUGGGUGUACCUAGAAGCAUGUCAUCUGACGAUGUCAGAAACAUCCGCCAGUUCUCAUUUUCUUCAUGCUCAAUGGAUUACUUUACUGCGUACAUAAAGACAUUAAACACUGGCGAAAACUGUCUGGCAACACGCAGCGCAAACUAUAACACAUCUGACCUUAAUCCUUAUUUGGGUGACCUUGCGGGUCAGGUGUACACUCCAGAUCAGCAGUGUGAAUAUAUACUUGGAGCCGGUUCCUACCUCUCCAGGAUCACCUAUCAAUCGAAUUACAGCUGGAUUUGUUCCAGAAUGAACUGUGUCAUUCCUGGCACUAAUGGUACUUAUUACUAUAAACUCGCCUGGGAGGGUACAACUUGUGGGGAUGGAAAGAUGUGUAGUGGUGGAUCAUGCGUUACGUCGUCCAGAGCCCCGGCUGUAGCGGCUGAGGAAUGUAUGUUCGGAAACAACCCAGGCAUCGUGACGUAUGAGACGGUAACGUGCAAUGAACUACUGGCUUUUCCAAACACCUCAUACAAAUGCUACCAAAGUUACUGUCUAAACGAUUGCUGCGAAACAUGCGAGCAAAUCAGACUAAAAAACGUUAACACCACCGAUUGCGAUUACGGCGAUAAGGCUAGCUGGUGUGAAACGAUGUCUCUGAGUGGCUGCUAUAACAAUGAUGACGUUUGCUGUCAGUCUUGUCCGCGGAGAGCUCUCGGAAUUCAAAAUUGCACAUAUGGAGAUCGAUCGACGUCAUGUAAUGUUGACAAAUGUUCAACUUAUACUGAAGACUCUAGAACUAGAAUAUGUUGUAAAACAUGUGCAAAUACAGAAACAACAUUUUCAAUACCAACUACAACUACACCAACUACAACUACAUCAACUACGACUACACCAACUACAACUACACCAACUACAACUACACCAACUACGACGACACCAACUACAACUACACCAACUACGACUACACCAACUACAACUACACCAACUACAACUACACCAACUACAACUACUCCAACUACGACUACACCAACUACAACAACACCAACUAUAACUACACCAACUAUAACUACACCAACUACGACUACACCAACUACGACUACAACUUCACAAACUAAGACUACAACUUCAAGAUCUUCAACUACCACUAAACCUGCUACAUCCUCAGCAACUGUUUCACGUAGAAGGAUCAGGGUUACAGUGAUCUUCCUUCUACUUUUGUUUCGAAUGUCGAUUUAAAUGAAGGCAGUGAGGAACAUCUAUAUAUUGCUCUAUGGCUAAGAUAUCAUGUAUGCUAUCGGUUUUCAGAACAAAUUAUAUCGUCAAUAUAUGAAGGCGACUGCGUCAGUGAAAAUGAGUAAUGUUGAGGACAAAGUCUAGUUUUGUUUUUUCGGUUUCGUGCAUAAUAAGCAGAUAAUCAUUACACUAUUUUUUUAAAUAAUCUUUAAUAAAGUUGUACUCUGGUUAAUCAAUUAUGUCUUAACGAUAUGUCUUGAUUUUAUUUUUAUUUAAAUUGGGAUUUCUUUUCAUUGAUGUACUUGAGGUUAACCUAAUGUUUUUUUUUAUAAUUAUUUGUCUUUCUUAAGUUUUCUCAAAUUAAUCCAUUUAUUGAUGAAGUAGAUUUACUAUUGGCGUUUUACUUAAUUCUGGAUUAUUUGGAUAUGUUUCAGGUUGUGCACACAAACUAGUUUACACUCACGGUAAAUUAACAUUUUAUGGACAGUUACAAGGCGGUACCUAAAGAAUACUAAAGGCAUACAUAUAAAAAGCAGAUCGAACAAUGUUUAGAAAUAUAUUAAUCCUCUAUUAAAAAUACGACUUUCUUUAAUUACAAUCACAUACGCAAUGAUCUCCCUUGACGAGCAUAUACAAUACCAGCCACAACGAUGGAAAAAAUAUCGAUUUCAGUUUCAGUUUUUAUUGUAAAUAAUACGUGUUAAUGCGAUAUGUUUUUAAAUGUGCAUAAAAUAUCAUUGUUUUCAAAGUAAAAAAAAAGUUAAAUACAAUUUUAACUUUGUAAAUAACGUCACCUGAUUUUGAACAUUACCACCUGAUAUGCAUGGAGCCAGUGAUUACUGUACGGCAUAGAAAAAAUAACCGCUCUGUGGAAUUUGCUUACUUUUAUGCUUGUGACCUAAAAAAAUAGUUCAGAAAUUAUUUAAAAGAAAAAUAUUAAUAUGCAUUGACAUUAUUGUUUUUUAAUUAUAAGCUGAAGAGAAAGUAAUCCCUUUGUAAAAACUUAUUCCAUAAACAUAUGUCAUAAAGCUUUAUAAAAAGAACCAUCCUUCUUUUCAAAUCUUCUUUUUAACUAUUGACACAUCAUAUAUCUGUAUUUUCUGA